GGUGUAGGGAGAACGACUAAAAUAUACUUUGGAGACACCUUGUCUACGGCACAUCUGCUUAUCUGACAUUCCACUUUGUAGCUUUAGGAUCCGGUGAAGCAAAAUUUGUCAUCGUUUAUGCAGUCCAUAUUAUGCUAAAUUUUAAUCAGAAUGGCAGGAGCAGACAGUGAUGAUAACUUGGAAAAAGAGUCUGUUUCCAUGGCAGCUGUUUCUAGUGAAUUACAGAGGAUUGAGGUGCGUGAACAAAUGCUGGAAAGGCUGUGCCAGACGGAUGCACACUUUAAACAUCAGCAGAGAGGAGAUCCUGAGCUAACAUUGGAGGAAAAGUCAAGUAUUGCUUCAGCAAUAUUGGAGAAAAACCCUGUGACCUUCCUGUCAAGAUACUGCAAAUUCCUUGUGGGUGAAGACUUGGAAUACUUCAGUCCUCUGAAAGGAAACUAUGAAAUUGAUUUCUAUUUGACACAAAUUUCAGACAGGCUAAAUUCAACUAAAAACAAAUUGACUGUCAAAAAUCGUCGUUUUCAGGCAAUGAAGAGCAUGGUGGAAUGUGGUGAAUAUUUCAGUGAUGCAGAAAUGAAGUGGAGGGAUCCAUAUUUGUAUGAACAGAUGAUAGGGCAGCAUUUGACUGAACAGGAAAGACAGGCUGAAAUUGACAAAUCAGAUCUAAGCUUUUCUAAUAUUCUGAUGAAACAUUUGUCUCAACAAGAAGAAAACCAAUUAUAUAGGAACUUGCGGGAUAUGGAGGAGGGUCAAGAGGAGGAGGAGGAGGAAUCAGACAGUGAUGAAGAAGAUGAGGGUGUGGAGGAGGGGAUGCGCCAGGACGACUGUACACAGGCAGAAAAUGAAGGAGGUGAUCAGCCGCAGAUUUCUGCAGAUGAAAAACGGUUGCUUAGAGAAGAGUUUCUGCACAUUAUGCAGGAGAGGUUCAUCAGUGGACAGGAUAGACAGUUUGACUACAGUACGGUGGACGGUAACACUGACUAUGAUUCUCUGAAGAUACGUGAGCAGGAUGAAGAGGAGAGGUACUUUGAUGAUGACGACACAGAGUCCAUGGAUGCAGUCACAGUUGGGAAAGGUUGAGAAACAUCCAGUGGUACUUGGCGAAGGACACUGAUAACUUGUAACUGUGACCUUGUUUCUGUUAAUCUGUUGGUGACUUGUUACUGAACAACACAUACAUACAACUUGGUACAUAUGAACUGAUUAGACAGAAUCCUGAGUUGGUUGCGAGUUGAUUUUGCAUUCUUCACAAACAGUAUACUGGAGUCUAUUAUUUUGAAGAGUUUACUGUUAUAAGCUGUAAAGAUCCUUCGUCACUUGUAACUUUGUCAUUGAACAUUUUAAUAAAUUUCAUCUUGUCAUUCUAAAUGCUGAUCUUAGGAGCUUAUAGGAUUAAUCUGGUGCGGUAUUUCUCUGGUAUUACUCAGAGUAGCCCGAGUAGCAUGUCGCUUUUACCGCUCUGAUGCGCCAAACAGAGGCUUUAUUGUUUGCGCACAACAUUAGCACGGGAACGUUUCAUCGAUAAUUUGUGGUGAUAGUUUAGGUGUGGCACCGCAUGCACCAUGGCCAGCUAUGUUUUACCAUGUACUUCACUUACUGGCUCUUUGUAAAACUGGCGCUUUUGGAGAUCAGUCCCAUCAAGGGAGAUGACUAAAGCAUAGUUUUCGCUGUAGUCGUAGAAGAGUUAUUUCCCCGUUCGAACGGCGACAAAUACAGUUUCCAUGGAAAGUGUGAGAACGUGGCGUGAAUAGAUAUAUUGAAAGAGAUAUACUUCUUCGUCUAUAAAAUUGUUAUCGUUCAGAAUUUCUCACCAUAUGCUAUCUGAAUUCCAAUCAUUUGAGCGAUCCAUUUUGCGUCUUACAGUUUUAGCAGGGUAUUAAAAUCUUUUUCUAUUACACAUCUUCCGUCGUUGGAUAUAUCUGAUAUAUGGGGGCAAGGAAGCUUUGUCAUUUCUGAUAAGUAGAGGUGUAAUGUGUGUAAGCCGUAAUCUGUCGGGUCAACUUUACCUCCUAUUUUUGUGGGAGGACUGUUGGUAGAGUGGUAUAGAUGGUUGACAAAUAUUACUGGCGAUUUGGUGGUUCGAUACUGGAACAGAUUUAGCACUAGAAUCUAUUUCAUUCAGAAAGUGUAAUCCUUAUUACCGAUAAUAUUGUUAUCUUUUGAGUUAACAGUCAAUCCAGGUCAACUCAUGGGUUUCCCCCAGGCACUGCCCGGUUUCCUCCCACCAUAAUGUUUGCCGCCGUCGUAUAAGUGAAAUAUUCUUGAGUAUGGCGUAAAACACCAAUCAAAUAAAUAAAUAACAGUCAACCCGGGUAGGGCCAUACCAAAGACUUUGAAAAGGGUACUUGUUGCUGCCUCGCUUGGUGCUCAGCACUAUGAGGCUAGAGCAAGGAAGCCGAACUGGUUGGCUUGUUGUCAGUAUAAUGUGACAAGGUGAGGUGCCUUGUAUCUCCGGCAUUUUGUGUUAUGCCUUCAGGGACGGCAACGAUUUGGCGGCAUUCACUCGCUGUGUCACAAGAAGACACAGUGUCCAUACAAACACCUAAUUAUUCCUCGUCGUCAUGUGGCUGAAAAGUUGCGAAGUACGACGUAGAAACUCAUGCAUACAUAACAUACAUGUUAUAACAGUGCGUGUGUUAUAUGUUGAUGAUGCAUGUUUAUCAGGUGAGACUACCGUUAUCUUUUUUAAGUUUCAUGAUUCUCACAGCUUAUCAUUAUGUCGUUUAAGAGAAAUAUUUUUGAUUGUGGCGUUAGACACCAAAAAUAUGGGAAGCUAUUGAACUCUCCUUUACUUGGACGAGAUGAUAUGACAUGCAUAUUCAUAAGGACUGUCAUACCAUUGGUGCGCAGGUAAAUGUUAGGUUAUAAGAAUACGUAUAGCUGGAAAUCCUAUCGACAAACAGUGCAUUUUAAUAUCUACCAAAACAGUUCUUACAUGUUAUACAUAAGGAGUUGUAACAUUACAUAUGCAUAUAAUAACUAU